AUGGUAGUUGAAUAUCUUCCUUGUUAUUCAUGGCAAAGUACGUACAAUCCCAUAGAAGAAGUAGGCCUAUUUUUUCGAAACACAGAUCAAUUAGGCAGCUAUCCCGAGGACUCUUCUUUAUGCGUAUCUUUUGAAGGUUUCUCUGAUAUCUCCUCUCCUAUCCCAAUUUCUCCAGUUUCUCUAGGUUUCCCCCCCCAUGUUGAUGAUUUGCCUGUCCCCAUGUCCCAUCCAGAGGAACAGAAAUAUUCCCUAAUUCCGGAGUCUAAUAUUACUUUUGAUGAUCCAUUGAUGGUAAGAGAAUUUGAGGAUAUAAAUGAUUGGUUGGCUAGUGAGAACAGUGGUGCUCUGCAAAACUUUCCUGGAGAUGAUGCAGGGAGCCUGCUUGUCUCUCCACCAUCGAUGGAGACAUCUAUAGACACACUGACGACUCAAACAUCCUUGGUUCUGCCCGGUAUGGGAAUGGAAUUUGAUAGCCAAUUGAUGAUUCUCCAUCUGCUCAAGGCUUAUGGAGAGGCUGCGGAGAUGGAGAUGAAAGAGUUAGCAGAAAAAAUUAUGAGUCGGUUAAAAGAGAUGGCAUGCCCUAUUGGUUCAACCCUGGAGCGACUUGCUUAUUAUUUGAUUCAAGCACGGGAAGGGGAAGUGGACUUUCUAUGGCAAGAAGCAAGCAAGAAUUAUGAGGCUGCCUUUAAAGCAUUCUAUCAGAUAUUUCCCUACGGGAGGUUUGCUCAUUUUACUGCCAAUUCUGUAAUACUAGAAGCCAUCCCUGAAGAAGCUGACAUAGUGCACAUAGUUGACUUUGACAUUGGUCAGGGUGUGCAAUGGCCUCCACUGAUCGAAACACUUGCGAGGCGAGGCAAAAGAAUGGUGAGAUUGACUGCAAUAAAAUGGGAGGAGGAAGAGGAUUGCAUUGGUUUUGGUUCCUCGAGGAGGUUUGAGGAGACGAAAUUGCGCUUAUAUGAACACGCACAAACAUUUGGUUUGAGAUUGAAAGUGGAGGAGAUGGACAUGGAGGGUUUGGUCAGUGAGAUGAAGAAGACAAAGAAAAGAGGUGGAAGAGGGGAAUGGUUAGCCUUCAAUUGCACGGUGGGUCUCCCUCACAUGGGGAAAGGCAGGAGUGCCAGGAGUCUUGGGGAGUUUCUAAGGUUAGCCAAAGAUUCGAUCACCCUCAAUACUGAUUGUGGUAGUGGUACUAGGGGAACUAUAACUAUUGCAGAUGGGAUUGGUUGGGGCAUGGAAAUGAAGGAGCAGAAAGGAUACGGCUCUGUUUUUGCAGGGCAGCUGGUUCAGUUCAUGGCCUUGAUAGAAUCAAUGGACUGUCAUUUCCCUGACCAUCUAAGAGAAGCAAGAAUAGCCAUGGAAUGCGUGUUUUUGAUACCUUAUGUUUCUUCUUCUUUUGGCUUGCAAAUGUGGGAUGAUAUUGCUAAAGAAAGCAGGGCACUCUCAGAGGUAGGGUUGGUGGCCUGGGAAAUGAGAAAAGAUAAUCUUCUAGAGGCCAGGGAAUUGAUCAGAGAAACAGAAAGCUUCUACUGUGUGAACAUCGAAGGAGUGAAGGAGAACCAAAUGGUACUGAGCUACAUGGAAGUUCCUCUGGUGAAGGUUUCAAGCUGGACAUAA